AUGACUGUCCAGGGUCUCCGCUGCUUCCGGUCGCUGUGGGGCUCGCCAAGCGCCUUGAAGCUCGCGAGCGCCAGCACCGCUGGCUCGACCUCCGGGUCGUACGCGUCGCAACUGCUGGCUCACAUCCGGCGCCAAGGGUUCGACGGCAUCGAGGCGAGUCUCGGGGACCUGGAAGCUCUGGGCGGCGCGGACGCGGUGCUGCCGCUGCUGGCGGAGAACGAGCUGGAGCUCAUCGUCGGCGUCUACUCCGGGUGGGUCGACUACGAGCCGCAGAACCUGCACCAGCAGUUCGAGGGCGUGGAGACCCACGUCCAGCGCUUCCGAGAGCAGCUCGAGACCGUCGCCAGCUUCACUCAACGCCCCAGGGAGUUUCUAAGCCGCGCGCACGAGGUCGAGCGGCAGGUCGGACUCGACGACAUUUUGGCGCACGAGACCCAUCGCGGUCGCAUGUUCUACUCGCCGUGGCCGACGCUGGCUCUGCUGGAAGAGUUCCCGAGCCUGAAGCUCACGUUGGACUUCAGUCACUGGUGCGUGGUGACGGAGCGGCUGCUGGACGCGCCGGAGGACAACGAGUGGCUGCUGAACAAGGUCGCACCGCGAGUUCGCCACGUUCACGGGCGAGUGGGGACGGAGCAAGCUGCCCAGCUGCCAUAUCCUCACGACGAUGAGCUGUCGCGCCAUGAAGUGCAGCGUUUUCAGCGGCUGUGGAGCGCGAUCUGGGCGCGGCACAAGGCGGACGGGGACAGCUCCACCUUCACGCCCGAGUACGGACCCAUUCCGUACGCGCCCCGCCACCACGAGGACCAGCAGUUCGAGGCGUACAACAUCGACGAACUCUGCGCGCUACAGGCCAGCGCCCAGCGAGAAAAGUUUGAGCAGGUGGUGGGGGGAUAG